UCUGCUAAACUCAAAUAUGGCGGCGUUUUUUCCCUUAUGUUUGAUAAUGUGGUGUUUGGCCUAUACAAGAUGCGAAAGCUGUGUGACCGAGAGCAAAUUCGCUGAACUUAUAGAAGAAAUGCGUGCAUUAAAAGAAAAGGUAUUGACUCUUGAGAAGAAACUUGAUGCCAACGCCAAGCAAGAGAAAACGGAAACGGAAUUUACCAUUGUGGACAAGAAUCAAGAGAAUGAAACGGAAAUUCACAAAACUGGCGUAUCCAAAGUAGGAGGAAUAAGGAACCGGACCAUGCGAAACUUCGAAUCUAAAUCCAUUAACGGUAAAAAGAUAAAAAGACAAGAGGUCACAAACGUUGCCUUUUAUGCGUAUCUAGGUGGAAAGCGUUGCUAUGCAAUGCACAAAGUCUUCAUUUUUGACACAGUGGAGACUAACGUUGGCAACGGUUACAACUCCCACGACGGCAUAUUUGAUGCUCCUAUCACUGGUGUAUACGUGUUCACAUAUACUGUGACCCCAGACUUUCACAAUUUUAUUUAUGCAGAACUUAUCGUAGACGGCGUGAUAAGGGAUGUCAUUAUUGCAGAUUCUCAAGAAAUCCACGAUAUUCAUCCAGCAACGGCCACUGCUGUUGUCCACGUAACUGCCGGACAGCACGUGUGUGUCCGAAAAGGGACGAACAGCAAAUGCAACAUCCUAAGUAACAACAUCUCUAAAACAACGUUUGCCGGAUGGUUGUUGUUUUAAUUCUCUUUUGAGUGUAAAGAUAAUUUUAUU